AUGAGGCGCUCCAGUGCCGCUCAGGGCUGGCUUUUAAGGCUGACGUUGUUGACCUUCAUCACGCUGUGCACGUGUGCGCCGUCCAACAUCACCACUGACGUCAAUGCCCAUAAUGAGGUGCAGACUCGCGAGGUGAAACCCUUUCUCCUCCGGAUUAUGCCCCUAGGGGCUUCGAUCACGGUGGGAUACAGAUCCAGCGACAGCAAUGGGUAUCGGAAAUGGCUGCGCCAGCAACUGCGCUAUUCUGGCUGGCAGGUCGAUAUGGUCGGCAGCUUGGCAAAUGGGUCGAUGCACGACAAUAACAACGAAGGCCACUAUGGCUACCGAAUCAACCACGUCGCCCAAGAAGCCGAGAAGACAAUCCCGCAACAACCCAACCUCAUUCUUAUCAACGCCGGAACUAACGACGGCAUCUUAAACUACGAAGUCAGCACCGCUGGGAAGCGAAUGGACAAGCUCAUAACCCGCCUGUUCGACGCCAUCCCCGACACAACCAUCAUCCUCUCGACGCUCCUCCCGAACGCCAAACAGCCUAAACGUAUCGAGCAGAUCAACACGCAGUAUCGCAAGAUCGUGGCUCAGCGUCGCGGAAACGAUGAGCGCAUCGUGCUGGCUGAAAUGAGCGAGUUCAUUAAAAAGGAUGAACUGGUCGACGGGACGCACCCGAGCGACUACGGGUACAAGAAGAUGGCGUCCGUCUGGUGGGCGGCGAUCGAGGAGGCCUAUUCGGAGGCCCUGUUGCAGCGGCCGACGACUACGCUCAGGAGCCAUAAUAAGGCCCUGGAGAAGGAGGUGGAUGACGGGGGCGGCGAUCCCCAUCUGCCGGAGUAUGAUGCCCCUGAUCAGCCUGACUCGAGUGCGACCGUGACGCGGCCGGCUUUGGGUCAACUGGGCGUGCAGGUGAUUACUGUGAUUGCCGCCCUGGCGAUGAUAACUUGA